AUGUCUAGUGACACAAGCUUGUCAGAGUCUGCUCUGAUUAAAGAGGAGGAAGGUAAUUUGGAAACGCAAACAGGUGGUAGUGGUAGCGGUGGUAAUGAGAUUCGAGAGAAUUUGAAGUCGCUAGUGGCUGGCGGUGUUGGUGGUGUUUGUGCGGUGCUCACAGGACAUCCUUUUGAUUUGAUCAAGGUGCGGUGUCAGAAUGGGCAGGCUAAGGGAGCUGGUGAUGCGGUGAGAAAAAUUCUGAGUGAAGCUAGAGCGUCAGCGAGAGGUACGAUGCUGGCAAAUUCGGUAAGAGGGUUUUACAAGGGCGUUGUUCCUCCGUUGCUAGGCGUCACGCCGAUCUUUGCGGUUUCGUUCUGGGGUUACGAUGUUGGGAAGAAACUUGUGGGCGGAGCGUCGAUGAGUGCGGACGGGUCGACGUUGUCGACGUCGCAGAUGGCUACGGCGGGGUUUAUUAGUGCGAUUCCGACGACACUGGUGACGGCUCCGACGGAACGGAUCAAAGUUGUCUUGCAGACGUCUUCGAGCCACUCUUUCGUAGCGGCAGCCAGAAAACUGGUGCAAGAGGGCGGCGUGCGGUCGCUGUUCAAGGGAUCGUUGGCAACUUUGGCGAGAGACGGGCCCGGUAGUGCUCUGUACUUUGCGUCUUACGAGGUUUGCAAGAAAAUGCUUAACAAGCGGUCGCAAUCCGGAGAUGAAAUCAACAUCGCUAACGUGUGUAUCUCUGGAGGGGUGGCCGGCAUGUCGAUGUGGCUGGUUGUUUUCCCGAUCGACACGAUCAAGACUAAGCUGCAGGCGUCGUCUUCGCAGCACGGGCAGAGCAUGAUAGAUGCGACCAGGGAGAUAUAUGCGACGCGAGGCGGGAUCAGAGGGUUCUUCCCCGGGCUGGGCCCGGCUUUGAUGAGAUCUUUCCCUGCGAAUGCGGCAACAUUCCUCGGGGUCGAACUGACUCACUCGCUAUUCAAGAACUAUGGCUUGUAA